UAACUCUUUUACCUAGCCUCUGACGAACUUUCACUUUCGUUCGUUCCAUUCUUUCGUUUCACUAUAGACAAGUCACUCGUUGACGAGGGCAAUCGUUUCACCAUAAUCGAUUAUUCAUUUUGGUCCUAUCACACCGAAUACGAACAUUCAUUCUUGCAUACCUUCCAGUGUAUUGGUUUCAGUCAUUACGAUCUUUUUAGACACCAUCACUUUCUGGAUACCUUGACUGGUAUUAAAUCACGUUCUUGUACCAACUUAACCACACUUUUCUCGUUUAACAGGACUGGCCCGACUGCCAUACGACACGGGCUCGAUCUUUAACACAAAGCACAAUAUGUUCGUCAAAUCAGUUCAUACCGCCGCCACACUGGCAGGGGCAUUUGCCGCUCCCAAGGAUCUUGACAUUACUGAUUCAACGUCGAUCCGAAAUGUAGCGAGUACUAUUGCCCAUGGAACAAUGACACUUUACACCGGCAACAUUACGAAUACCGAAGACACACUUGCAAUAUGGCCUGCGCCGGUUUACUGGUGGGAGUCAGGUGCGGCUUGGGGAGCUAUGCUAGAUUAUUAUCAUUAUACUGGGGACGCCACCUAUAACGAUGUAAUUACACAAGCAAUAACUUCUCAGGUGGGCCCAAACUACGACCUGAUGGUGCCCAAACAUGAAGGUGAUGAAGGCAACGACGAUCAAGCAUUCUGGUCUUUCACGAUUCUCGAAGCCGCUGAGCGCAACUUCCCUCAGCCGGACGAUAGUCUUCCCUCAUGGUUGGACAUCGCAGUCAACGCCUGGAAUACUAUGAUCGUGCGAUGGGAUACCCAAUACUGUGGCGGCGGACUCUUCUGGCAGAUAUUUGCUAGCAACGCCAACGGCAUGCACUACAAGAACUCGGUCAGCAACGGUGGUCUCUUUCAACUGUCUGCCAGACUCGCCCGUGCCACGGGAAAUGAUACGUACUUGGAGUGGGCACAAAAGGUUUGGGAUUGGUCGGAGACUGUCGGGUUCGUCAAAGACUAUUAUGGCAAUGGGGCUCUCGAUGUGUUGGACGGCGCCGAUAUCUCGGACAACUGUGAAAAAACCAACAAUGUUUCCUUUUCCUACUCGCAAGGUAUCUACUUGUACGGGGCCGCAGUUCUCUAUAACUACACAGAUGGCAGUCAGACAUGGGGCGACCGAGUCAACCGGCUUCUUAAUGGGACCGAAGCUUAUUUCAACCCGUACGACAACGCAACCGACAUAAUGUACGAGCAUGCCUGUGAAGAGUACGACAUCUGCAAAACAGAUAUGCUAAGCUUCAAGGCAUAUAUGUCAAGGUUUUUAUGGGCAACAACGCAGAUGGUUCCGUCAACACUUCCUGCUAUUCAGGCUAAGCUACACAUAAACGCAAAGGCAGCUGGAUCAGCCUGCUCUGGUGGCGAUGACGGAACAACCUGUGGUUUCAAGUGGUACGUUGGAGGCUACGACGGCAACUCUGGUCUCGGACAGCAACUAUGUGCACUUGAGACUAUUCAAGGCCUCUUGGUCCAGGAAGCGACGCCACCGUUCAAGGCAGGAGAAAUCCAGCACGUCAAGGGCGACGCAACGACAGUCUCAAGCCCGUCAACUGCGCCAACUGUCAAACGAACAAACGGCGCUGGAAGGUUCGUUUUGUCGUCUUUGGCUCUCAGCCUGUCCAUCGUCAUCCUUUUGUUAGACAUCAUCUAGGGCUGAUAGCGCCGAGGGUAAACAUGAGGUAAAAGAGGGAUUGUAUAAACCAUGGACACGGCGUUCUGAAGUAUAUUAUUGCGUAGGGGGAGCUGGAAAAAGAAAUAAACUCAGCUGUUCAGAGACA